AUGGACCACAGAAAGAAGUAUGGAAAGAUUUUCAAGUCCCGAUUUGGACCUCAGCUGGUGGUCUCGAUCGCAGACAGGGACCUGUUGGCUCAAGUGCUCAGGGCCGAGGGCCCGGCCCCUCAGAGAGCGAACAUGGAGUCAUGGAAGGAGUACAGAGACAUGAGGGGCAGAUCCACUGGCCUUAUCUCAGCUGAGGGGGACGAGUGGCUGAAGAUGCGGGGUGUGCUCAGACAGCUCAUCAUGCGUCCUAGGGACGUAGCAGUCUUCUCCGAUGACGUGAACCUAGUGGUGGAUGACCUGAUCAAGAGAGUUUGUACUCUGCGUAGCUGGGAGUCUGACGGAGCAACUAUCUACAACGUGAACGACCUCUUCUUCAAAUAUGCCAUGGAAGGUGUGUCAGCUAUUUUGUACGAGUGUCGACUUGGCUGUCUGGAAAACAAGAUUCCCCAGGAAACCCAAGAUUACAUCAGUGCGCUGAACCUCAUGUUCAGCUCCUUCAAGACAACCAUGUACGCGGGCGCCAUCCCCAAGUGGCUCCGACCUCUCAUCCCCAAACCAUGGGUGGAAUUCUGUCAAUCCUGGGAUGGCCUCUUCAAAUUCAGCCGUGUUCACGUUGAUAAGAGGCUCAAAGAUAUCGAGGCCCAGCUGGAGCGGGGAGAAGAGGUGAAGGGGGGACUGCUCACUCACAUGCUCGUCACCAGGGAGAUGAACAUAGAGGAGAUCUACGCCAAUGUAACAGAGAUGCUACUGGCCGGUGUGGACACGACGUCCUUCACUCUUUCAUGGGCCAGCUACCUGUUGGCACAACACCCUCAUGUACAGCAGCAAAUCUUCAAUGAAGUGACGACGGCUCUGGGACCUGGAACCGUUGCCACAGCUGAAGAUAUCUCCCGUCUGCCUCUCAUCAGAGGGCUGGUCAAAGAGACUCUCAGGCUGUUUCCAGUUCUCCCAGGCAACGGAAGGAUUACCCAGGAUGACUUGGUGGUGGGUGGAUACUUCAUCCCCAAAGGGACUCAGUUGGCUCUGUGUCACUACUCCACAUCUAUGGAUGAGCAGGGCUUUGUGGAUGCUUCAGACUUCUGUCCAGAACGCUGGAUACGGAAAGAUUCCACUGAUCGUGUUGACAACUUUGGCUCCAUUCCUUUCGGCUACGGCAUCAGGAGCUGCAUCGGCAGGAGAAUCGCAGAGUUAGAGAUGCAUCUCGCCCUCACAAGGCUCAUUCAGAGGUUCCACAUUGUCCCGUCUCCUCUCUCUGCUGACGUCAAGGCGAAGACCCACGGCCUGCUCUGCCCGGCUGCUCCCAUUCACCUACAGUUCAUCGACAGGGCGAACUAGAUGCUGACUCCUCUGCAUCAGGUCGACUAUACUGUACCUUUUUAAAGUGCUGAUUCGUGCUUGUUUGGGGCAGUGAACCUUCCACUGUUUUUAGAUCUUUAGAGCUCAGACUGAGGUUUUACUCAGCCAAGAAAUGUGUCUCCCCUCAUGUUUGUUAGUGAGGAGCACACAAUCAUAGUACUGGACCAAUAAUGUAAUGAUAAAAAACGUUUUAAAUAUUUAUAUAAUUUGUAUUUGGUAAAAAUCACAUGCAGUUUCUUCGGAUUGUUACUCUUUUCAUUCAUCCUGUUCAAAAUGGAAAGAUGAACUAUAAUCUAUGGUCUUGUAUCCUUUUAUGCUACAACACAUGCAUGUAUAUAAUAAUGUCCCCAUUCACAUUAUUACAUAAACACACUGUGUCCUUAUUAUUACUGAAAGCAAAUCACUGGUAAUGUUCAAGGGCAACCAUGAAUGUUCUGAAAAUGAACUGUUUUAUAAGAAUGUAUAUAAUGAGCUUUAUUUUAUGCUAGUGUUUUCAUUGUGUUGUAAGCCAAAUUAUCUUUAGCAGGUUGUUUUUUUUAUCUCUGUUUAAUCACUACAGUGGCAUUACAUGAUUUCAAUCCAAACAUACUGAAAACGUAUACAUGUGUAGGAAAAAGUCGUGUGACUUUUUAAAAUAAAUAAUUUCAUCAUCCUGAAUGAACCACUAUAAACUAAACAUUUUAUCUCGUGAAAAUCUAUAUUUCUUCACACAAUAUAUUUAGAUAAAAUGUCUGUAAUUUAGUUUUGUUUUGCUGUUUGUGUGACUGAGUAUUUUAUCAGGUCAACUGUUACUGUCCAUUACGAUUUUUAUCGAGAGGGUAAGUGUAUGUUUCAGGAGAACAGACGAGUCGUUGUUGGGUUGUACCAUUUUGAAGGAUCAUGCUGCAUGGACGAUAAGAUUUAUCUUCUCUUUUGUUUAACUGCACCUUUUACUGUAUUAAACAUUGUAUGUUGAUUACAUAUAUAAUUACAAACACAGAGCAAUGUAAAGAAACUAAAAUGGGGAUGUGUAAAUAAAAAACUUCUUAAGUCUG